AUAUGAUGAUGAUGAUGAUGAAUAAUCUUGGUUUGGGUUCACAAACUCAAUUUCAAGCGUUGGUUAUGCGCUUAAUGCAUUGCCGCCCCUUUCGAAGUCUACGCAUUGACGGUUUAGUUAAAUAACAUAGCCAUAGAUAGCCAUUGCUGCGCGACAGUGGUUCGGACAUUACAUACAUGUAAACAAAGUUUUAUUAUGUUGAAAAAAAACUUAAAAUGAACUUCCAUUGCCAUAAUCAAGGUUUUAUUCGAACACAAAAUCGGGUAGUGUGUAUUAGCUAUAGAGUCUGUCAUUGUCAAUGUCUGGCAGUAAUUUAUUAUCUGUGCCAGUUCUACUGAGAAUGACUGCGAUUGGUUCUCAAUAUUUCCGCCAACGUCAACAUAUAAAGACAGCGUGUUUGUCAAUGUCAAAACUCAUUGCUGUCAAUGUGACAACUGACAGCCAUACACAAACUUUCACCAGCUGACAAUGACAAGUUUUUGUGUUCAAUUUCAAUUAUUGCGAAUUGCGAUGCAAUUUUCAAAAUAAAAAUUUAGUGUAAGCCAUGGCGAUGAGUUAUCUGACCGAGAGCGAGGCUCCUCGGGACUUUAGAGUGUCUUCCACAGAGAGCGACGGCCACUACACGAAGUGCGUCUUGUGUUACACCGUCAAGAGGAAUUUCUAUUGUGCAGAGUGCGUCAGAAAUGGUAACUUCGUCCACUCCUCGAUGCCUUACUCGGACAGGUUUUCAGAGAAACAAAUGAAGCUAAUGAGAAUAAAACUCAACAGGCAGCAUGUGCUAGAAAGAUGUGAAAAGCUGUUAGCUCCUAAGCUCAAGAAGGACAUUCUUUUAACAGAAACAAAACAGUCCAGAGAUAAGCUAGACCUGUUGCGCUUAGCCAUAGAGCAGAGGAGAAGUAUAAUUAACUCAAAAAAGAUGGAGUUAGCGGACUUGGUAGCGUACAAUAGUGAAUUGCGUAUAAAACUGCCCAGGUAUCAGAAGAGGGUGUUAAGCUUAGGCAGACAUGUGCAGCUGCAGAGGAUGGAGCUGCAGAACAAAGUGACCAUGUACAACGAACAGACGCAGUCCCUGGCAGCUCUCAGACGAAAUAGGAUAAGGCAGCUAGAUAGAUAUAUCUUCCCUAUUUACAUAAGCUAUGACUCCAGCGACAGCAUAGAGGACAUGGAGUUCGUGGGGUCGGACGCGGAGGAGGAGCCGCCGCGCCGCCCGCAGCUGCACAUCGUGUCGCCCUGGAUCGACAUCGACGCCGACUACUCGCACAUCCAGGCCUGGGAGACGCAGAACAAAGAGACGCCAGUGAGCGCGGAGCCGACGUCGAACCCCGCGCACCGCAGCAGCGCAGCACUGGGGCUGGCCGCGCAGCUGGUGGCGCUGCUCGCCUGGACGCUGGACGUGCGCCUGCCGCACGCCAUCGCGCUCAGCGAGUACAGCGAUCCGCGCAGCUGGCGCGGCUGCGUGCGGCGGCUGCGCGCGGGCGCGGCGGCGCUGUGCGCGCGCGCCGGGGUGCCGCCCGCGCCAGCGCCCGCCGCGCCGCUGGCGCCGCUGGCCGGCCUGCACGCGCUGGCGCUGGCGGCGCGCGCCGACGACCCGGAGCUGGGCAGGGUGGAGGCGUGGUCGAGCCGCUGGAGCACGCACGAGGCGUGGCAGGAGGCGUGCGGCGCGGACGAGCUGGACGAGCCCGAGCCGCCCGAGCACCUGCACUGGCCGGACUGCGCGCAGAUGGAGGAGAUGAGCAGCAGUCCGCCGCCCGCGCCGUCGCUCGUGACGUCCGCGGCCGCGUCCAUCGCGUCCAUGUGGCGCGUGUGGACCAAGUGACCGACCAGACCAGACCACCGAUGAUGCCACCCGCGAGACUAGCUCGGAUGCCACCCUCGAGACUAGAUCGAAUGCCACCCGCGCGACUAGCUACGAUGCCACCCGCGAGACUAGCUCUGAUGCCACCCGUGAGACUAGUUUGGAUGCCACCCGCGCAACUAGCUCAGACGCAGUUAAACCCGAAAACCACUACCAAAAGUAAUUUCCAUACUUUGUUUUUGUAUUUCGUGCUUGUAUUAUGUUCAACGUAUUAGCAGUGCUCUAUGUGACUGAGCUCGUCCGUACACUGCCACUGCACUCUGCUGGCAACACGUCAUGAACUGUAGCCCCAUGGAGAUACAUUGUUGUAUAAGGCUGUAUAUUUUUGUAUGAGCUGUACCGGACUGAACAAGAAUGCUUUAGACUAUUAUUUAUGCCGCGAAGUAGGUUCACUGUUUCUGUCUGUUAGCUGUGGUUGCCUUUGUUAUAAUAUUACCCUUUAUGUGGCAAAAACGACUUGAACGCGAUCUUUUUCAAAAAGCCUCUCGCAAGAGAUUUCAGAGUAGUGUUUACUCUGAAAUCUCUUGCGCUCAUAAAUAUAUUUUUAAAUACUAAAACCUUUGUUAUACCUUCAGAGUAUUCACAAUCCAUUUCAUUUUAAUAGUUACAACCAAAUGUUUAACGUUAAACUAAACAAGGCAUAAUAAUUAAAUUAUCAUCUAAAAUAAUCUUUUCGCCCUUAAUACUUUCAUCAGUGUAAAAUAAACCCAAAGCCGUUAGUUUAAAGUUUGAAUUCCUUUAAACUCAUUAUACGCAUAUAGCUGCAAAAAUUGGAAUAUAAACAUAGACAAUAUGGAACAUACAACUUUAAUGAAUGAUCUUUAGGUUCAUUUUACUUUGACUGUAACAAUGAGUAUUCAGAUAAGUGCUAGAAUCUAGAUGGACAGACGUACAAAAGUAAUAAGGCCGUUCUGAUGCCUCUGAAUAUUAUUUAAUACUAGAGGACCCCCGCGACUUCGUCCGCGUGAAACUCGAUGUAAACUUUCAACUUCAGAACGGGCUUCUUAUAUUAUCGCUGCCAUAGAUAAUUUAAAUUGUUUGCUCAUAUUUUUUUAAUAGAAGUUACUUUUUUAUCUAAAAAUAUAGUGCCUAAUUUAUGGUAAAAAAAUGGAUGCAAGGUGCUAGAAAUGUUACUUGAAAGUAGUGAAAAUUUUUGUCGAUUUUGUACCCUCUCCAAUAGGUUUGUUUGUGUUAUAAUGAUUUUUUUUAUAAUUUGUGAUAAAUUGAGUGUUGUUAUAAAUUUUAAUGUACAUAAUUGCUUAAGUAAUAAAAAACAUUUUUAUACAAA